AAGUGAAAUAUGAAACAGAGAAGCACCAUUUCUGCCUCAAGACGCAUGUAAAGAGGUGUAGAUUCAGAUGCUCUAAACGUCCCUGCCAUCUGAUCCAGAUGGAGUCCUCAGGCAACCCAGAGAGCACCACCUUUUUUUACUAUGACCUUCAGAGCCAGCCGUGUGAGAACCAGGCCUGGGUCUUUGCUACCCUCACCACCACCGUCCUGUACUGCCUGGUGUUUCUCCUCAGCCUAGUGGGCAACAGCCUGGUGCUGUGGGUCCUGGUGAAGUAUGAGAGCCUGGAGUCCCUCACCAACAUCUUCAUCCUCAACCUGUGCCUCUCAGACCUGGUGUUCGCCUGCUUGUUGCCUGUGUGGAUCUCCCCAUACCACUGGGGUUGGGUGCUGGGAGACUUCCUCUGCAAGCUCCUCAAUAUGAUCUUCUCCAUCAGCCUCUACAGCAGUAUCUUCUUCCUGACCAUCAUGACCAUCCACCGCUACCUGUCGGUAGUGAGCCCCCUCUCCACCCUGCGCGUCCCCACCCUCCGCUGCCGGGUGCUGGUGACCAUGGCUGUGUGGGUAGCCAGCAUCCUGUCCUCCAUCCUCGACACCAUCUUCCACAAGGUGCUUUCUUCGGGCUGUGAUUAUUCCGAACUCACAUGGUACCUCACCUCGGUCUACCAGCACAACCUCUUCUUCCUGCUCUCUCUGGGGAUUAUCCUGUUCUGCUACGUGGAGAUCCUCAGGACCCUGUUCCGUUCACGCUCCAAGCGGCGCCACCGCACGGUCAAGCUCAUCUUCGCCAUCGUGGUGGCCUACUUCCUCAGCUGGGGUCCCUACAACUUCACCCUGUUUCUGCAGACACUGUUUCGGACCCAGAUCAUCCGGAGCUGCGAGGCCAAACAACAGCUAGAAUACGCCCUGCUCAUCUGCCGCAACCUCGCCUUCUCCCACUGCUGCUUUAACCCGGUGCUCUAUGUCUUUGUGGGGGUCAAGUUCCGCACACACCUGAAACGUGUCCUCCGGCAGUUCUGGUUCUGCCGGCUGCAGGCACCCAGCCCAGCCCCGAUCCCCCACUCCCCUGGUGCCUUCGCCUAUGAGGGCGCCUCCUUCUACUGAGGGGCCUGUGGUGGUGCAGGCGCAGGUGCAGGUGGACAGGGACUGGAAUGGGGGUCAUGGAGAAGCGGGCCUGGAAGCAGCACUGCAGAACACAGCAGGGUGAAGACGUCACCUCCGCUGCAGGCGUGCAGUGAAGGUGAUUCAUUACACCAGUGGGUCCCACCAGCCUCUCAUCUGCGGGAAAGUGGCUUCCUACCUGGGAAUUUCAUACUGCCAUCCAAAAAAACAUUUCUUGAACUCUGAGUUCAUCCUGCACGCUCCUUCAUUUAGACAUGUGUUUCUAAUCAGUGUUUGGUUCAGAAGGUUCUAAGACAUGAAAGGAUUCUGGGAAAGGUGCUUCCUUAGAGACUUUACAGGGCCUAAAGCUCAUUGUGUGUGAUAACUGCACGAUGCUGACAAGACAGUGCCUCCCUUCCCUGACUGUAGGGUUGUCUCUACUGGUUUAUUCACUUUGGAGACGCCUGGCUCCAUAUUCCUCAAGUACUGCUGGAUGAGGCUGUCUGGAAGACAAAAGUCGCCAUACCCUGAGACAAACACAGUCAUGUUGAAAUCUGGAUUCUAAAAAUCCACAACUAGACUGGAGAAAUGUUCUGUAUCCUGGAUCCAAGUCCUAGCCCAUGAACUGGCCCUUAAAAAUUUAGCUCAUAAAUAUUUGAUUGAAGGAAUGAAUUUAAUAAGUGCUACCUUCUGCACUAAGUAUUUAUUCAGAGAAUACAAAGAUGAAUGAGAUACAGUUGCUACCCUCCAGGGGCCAACAGCCCAGCCCCAAAGGCUCACCUGCCUUGGUGAACACCCACCUUGGUGAAGGCAUCUAGGGUGGACUCCUCCAAAAUCUCAUCCUUCCCAGGUGGAUAGUGAGCUGACUUCAGAUUUAUCACUUUGCACCUAAAGUGUCCUCCUCCUAUUUGGUUGAUGGUGCUAGCUUCCCCCCACCCACCCACACUCCAAACCUCAAGUCCUCUUGAAGGCCUGUGUUUUCUUUUCCUCAACUCCCACAGCCAGGUCCAAAUGACCGUGCCUGUCUAGUGGCUUUCAGAGUUGACUCAUUCUUGCCAUUGCAUGCCUAUGGUUUCAUCCCUGAAACAGGGCCUCACUUCCUUGGCAUUUCCCCACUGCUCCUCUCUUUCCCCACCAGGCUGUCCUCUGCCCUUACACCAGGUGCUUCAAAACCCUUAGUGGCUCCUCAUUACUUACAAAUAAAGUCCGUACACUUUAGCAAGGCUUUCAAGGCCUCCACAAUCUGAUGCUAGCCAACUUUUCCAUUCUUAUUCCACUCUAAGCCUCCUCCCCACAGCAGCUUGGGAUCCAACCCCAAAACACCACUGGCCUUCUUUUAGACACAUAUCUCCCCAAUACCCUACCUCUAGGCAUUUGUCAUGCUGUCACCUGGGCCUGGAACAUGUUCUAGCUGACAGGCCAGCUCCUCCAGGAAGCCCUCCCCAAUCUGCAAAUUAGAACACUCUCUGGGUUGUCGUGGGAUUCUGCUUGUCCCCUCUAAAAUAAAACAACCUUGUGUUGUAGUUACACACAUGCAAUGUCUUAUCUCCCUGCCCCAUCAGGCUGCAAGCUGCUUGAGGGCAGGAACCUGGUCUUGAACUCCAGUGUUCUAUCACUGUGUGCUCAGUGAGAGCAAAGAAUCAACAGCUGUUAUUAUCCUUCAGAUUUAUGCUUCUUGGGGAGCCAUGCCCUGGGGCACACUUUACCUUCUUUGUCCCAGGCUGCUUGUCUAUAAAUAUUAACCUUUCUUUCCUAGUCUACACUCUCAGAGAGUAGUAGAAAGAGAGUAGGGUGUAGUAGUAGAGAGAUUGCUUAUCUCUCUCUGUGGCGAUGGCUAUGCUUGACCUUGCCUUCUAGUUCAUGGUACACAUGCCUGCCUCUCACACUGGCCCACUGCUUCACACCCAAGGGCAUAAAUAAAAGUCACUCUCUAAACUUUGCCAUGCCACAAAGACCUGGGCCCAAUCUGUGAACCUGAUUCGGCUCUGGCAUGGGGAUUUGGAAAAGCUUCCCAUGUGAUUCUGACAUGCACCUCCAUUAGGUACAUUUGGCUGCAACUUUUUUAAAAAAUGAGGAGUCCAGAGUCUUCUACAGUCCCUUGAGCAGGGAUUUGCACACAGAAGACACUCAAUAUCUUGUUAUUGAAUACAGUAGAUACCAAUAUAGCCCUCUGGCCAACCUAGAGAGAGCUUGUAAGGCAUUUCCCCUUCAGUUCCAGAUGCAACUUCAAUGAUCUAUUUGCCAAUGGGGCAGUAGAUCUGGAGGAGUUUAUCGGUCUAGGGAACAGCCGGGGCCUAGUUUUAAUAAUGAGGCCAGUAGCACCUGCUGGACAGGGCUGGGCAGCACACCAGUGAAGGGAAGGGGCUCCCAUGGACCUACCUGCCAGCCUACAGGUGGGGCCACUACUCACCACUGAUGAGAGAAACAGCAUAAGGAAGAGAUAAUGAGGUACUUUGUGGAAUCAGAGCUAAGCCUAUGGGCUUCUAGUUGGCCUAAUCUUUCAAACACAGCUUCACACUGAUUCUUAACAUUUUGUUCAACUUUUAUUCAGAGGGCAGGCUGAGCCAGGGAGCAAAAAGGCAAAGGACUCCUACUCACAUACCCACUUAGCAAAACCAAAGCACCUUGGGCUUUGAACCCACCCUUCUUAGAAGGCAGGUUUGGGGGUUGAGGCCCCUUGAGAAGCUCACUUCACCCUCUCCCCAUGCCAUCCCAUUCCUACCCAUCCCGAGAUGCUUCUCUUGUAUUUCUUUCAGCACAUCCAGCCAUCUCCCUGGGAGCGUUUCAUAUCUGACUCUUUAUACUUCCAGUGAUGUUUUGGCAUCCCUAAUAGACAGGCUCCCAGGGCAGUCUUUAAUCAGGAGUCUUCCCCUAAUCUAGCUCCUCAAGAACCCAAGGGAAGAGGCACAAAGAUAAGUAUGAAUAGGAAGAUAGAAGGGUAACCCAGUCAGAGAGGGAGUGGUGGAUGAGACUGCUGAAAAGGAGUUGCCAGAGAGUUGCACACCACGAGCCACGCUGUCUGUCCCUGACCAAAACCUCCACUGGCCACCACCUCCUGGGCUUUCCCUCCCUCCACCCACGGAAACCACUGCUCAAUCUCAACUGGACUCUUGCAGGCCUAUCUCUCCCUCCAAACAGAGGUGUGCUGGUCACAGGGCUGCAGACCUCUAACCACUCCUGGAACACAAAAAACCCACAGUGGUUCUACAGCAUUUACACCUCCACUUUCCCUCAGACAGAAUCCAGAAGAGAAGAACCUCGCUGAUCUCUGAGCAGAGCAUGUCUCCAAGCUCAGGCCAGCCCCAGACCUCCAAUGGCCUCAAAUGGAGUGGAAAUCCCUCAAAGGCACAAACCCAGUUCCUACCAUCUCCCUCAGUGCCUGGCAAUGUUCGUGGUUGGUUGAGUGAGUUAACAGGAGACCAUCUUUUGGCUUUUUUUCUACCUCUGUUUCCUCUUACUAUACUUGCCUACAUCUCAUCUUCUGGUCAACACCAGGUACUCACCCCAUGAGCUUCUUGUGAACUUGUCUGGGGCCCACAGGCCCAAAUAUCAUCUUUUUUGUUUGGAAUUAAGCUUUGUUGAACUUUUCACAGGUUUCAUUUGUGCAACUGCCUGUGAUGGGACAAAAAAGUCCACAAACAUGGAAACCCGGUCUAAAGAGGUCCAAAGUAAACUGUCUGUGGAGUCGAAUGGCAUUUGAGCCCUGGACCUAAACUCCAAAUCCAAGCUCUUUCCCACUGUGACCUUGGGCCUCUCGAGGCUCAGUUUCCUCAUCUAUAAACUGUAGAGAAGCCAAUAACAGACUCACCCACACUAUGAGGGUGUGCAUGAGGUCAUGUAUGUAAGAGUACUUGCUUUGUUGAUCAUUCUGUCCCAGAUAAGUAUGAAUUAUUAUGCAUCAUUUCAUUAAACAAGAAAGCUUCACUGUGUUAUAUGCACAAGUAAAA